CCCUUAAACAGACUGAAGAACCCACCCUGCUUAUGGGAGAGCCAGAAGUGUCGGUGUCUACUGCUGCCCCUGACUUUGAGUUGUGUCUAGGCCCUCCAGGUGCCAGCAAGUCACAUACUCCUCUGGGUAAAAAGCUCCAAGGAAAAUUUCACGGAAUCAUCGACUCUGUGUUUCCUGUUAAGCGUCCCCGCUGGUCUGCAGUGAUCAUCAUCAUCGUUGUGGUUGCUGUAGCUGUAAUUGCAUUUCUCUUUGCUUUGUCAUUGUCAGUAAUAAAGAAAAAAACAAGUACUACAAACCCUGGAGCUGGCCAUGCCAAUUGCCCAAGAGACUGGUUUGGAUUUGGAAGUAAAUGUUUUUAUUUUUCUGAAGUCACAAAUAACUGGACAUCCAGCCAGACCUCCUGCAUGAAGCUAAAGGCCCAUCUAGCUCGAUUUGACAGCCUGGAGGAGCUGGAUUUCCUAAAGAGACACAAGAAUGAUUCUGCCCGCUGGAUUGGCCUGCACAGGAAGUCAUCGAAGCAUUCUUGGAGGUGGACAGACAACACUAAAUAUAACAACUUGUAUGAUUUCGGACCUCUUUUCUUGUGUUGUGAUACAGAACUGCUGAUGGCUACUAAGGGCUCUGGAACCCCAGGAAGCCACUGCAGAACAGCUGGGGUAAGACUUGUCAGACAGCAGUUUACACAGCAGCACCUGUCACAGAAGCAGAGACUCCAGGGGCUUUGGGAACCUCCUCUCAAGUCUCACAUCAAAGAGCACCCCAGACAGCUCUUGGAUGUGAGCAUAGCCAUUUUGAACAGACCCAUUUCACUGGAACGGGUUGACAUCCGAGGAGAAGGAGAAUGUGUCUACCUGAUUGAUGAGAAAGUCAGCAGUGGCAGGGAACGAACGACUAGGAAGUGGAUUUGCAGCAUGCCCAAGAACUAUACUUUAUAG